AUGGCAGCAGCUCCGAAAACAUACUUUGUUUUGACCAAUUUCGAUCUUCCACCAGACGGCCCGAUUAAACUGGGCAGCAUAAUUGCUACUCCCCUCGAACCAGAUAUCCUGAAUCCUGGCGAUGUUGUCGAAGUACCUGCAGGUCAUGUGCACACGAGUCGCGAGCGCGACUGGGACAUUACCGAAUCCCUGCGAGAUGGCCAAGUCAGCGUAACAGCGCGGUUUCUCUCGAGCCUAAAAUUGGGUGGUACGAAUAGCACCAGCGACGAUUUAGAAAUUACGAGCCGCUUCUCAGUGCAGGCGAUCGAGACUCUCGACUUCGCCCCUUCGAAAUUAUAUAUCGAUGAAGCCGUCAACAAAGAAAGUAUCCGUGAAUACCUCGAAGGGUGCCAGUAUGAAUUGCCGGUUUUCAUGAUUACGGGUCUGAAAAUUGGACGGGGCUUGGCGAAUGGCUCGAGAGGUACCCUUGACUUUGUUAUUGGGUAUCGACUUGUCAGGAUAAUUGCCGGUGAGGCUCCAGAACAAGGCAAUGGGGAGCAAGAGAAGUCCAAAGUCAUUGGGAAGAUGUUGGGUGACGACGAUGGCAGAGACACGGAUUUUGGUUCUUCGCGGGUUACUUUGACCGCAAACUUUGAUGGAGGCCGUGAAGUGGCUGCACAUGAGAUCAUUGGAAGCAAGUCAGUCACUGCAAUUGACGAGGACGGAAACACGGAAUGCAAUUGCGUGGUCGUUCCACCACCUCAGCACAUGGAGUAG